AUGACCGGCCAAAGCGCUCCCAACCAGCCAUCCGCAUUCAGCAGCAACCAACGUGGUAGCGCCAACCCGACGCCUGGCCCGUUCUCCUCAUGGAGUGCAGGCUCCGAUAGGCAACUCGGCCACAUGUCUGCGGGCUCUGACAGGUCUGGAGACCGCGUGUUCCCCAUUCGCUCUGUCAUUAGCGUCGAUCCAGCUACUAGCCGAACAUCUGGUGAUGACUUUGCCGGGUCGACGUCCGACUUCGAAAAUAGGGGAAUUCCCGUGCACCGACCGGGCCACACUCGAGGUGAGACCAGCCAAGGGCUGGGGAGAGCUGACACUGGCCCUUGGUCGCCCAGGUCGCCCAGGUCGACAUCCUCAAGCAAAAACCGCCCUUUUAGCAGGAGAGCUACCGUGACAGAGCCUUCGCAAGGAACAGAGCCUCACAAAACAAGCGGCCGACAGACUGGCGGUGGCGGCUACACCGCUCCGAUUCAGCUUGACAUAGAAGCCUCCGACAAGGACAGCGAAGAAUCGGGCGCGUUAGGAGCGGUUCCAGCCGAGGUCGCUGCAGCCGAAAAAGGCACUGGCGCUUCGGAAACGUCUCAUUCCGCUUCCAUGGCCGAUAACCCUCAUGUGCACAUCCGAUUCACCCACUUGGAAACCGAGGAUGGGCAUUCGGUGAUUACAGGCCGUGAUGGAACGCUGCAGAGAUGCGAGGACGAACCAAUCCAUACGCCCGGCGCUGUUCAGGGGUUCGGCGCUCUCGUAGCCCUGCGCGAAGAGAGCGAUGGGUGCUUGGUCGUUCGUUAUGCGUCUGAAAAUUCGGAGAGGAUGUUAGGCUAUUCGCCGAGGCAGUUGUUUCGGCUAAAGAAUUUCAUGGAUAUCUUAACCGAGGAGCAACAAGACAACCUGCUCGACCACAUCGACUUUAUCCGCGACGAGGACGCCGAUCCGUCGGUCAACGGGCCCGAAGUUUUCAGCCUUUCUAUCCGUCCUCCAAAGAAGCGAAGCACCAAACUAUGGUGUGCUAUUCACAUCAAUCCUGCACAUCCCGACCUCGUCAUUUGUGAGUUCGAGCUCGACGAUGACCAUAUCAACCCUUUGCGGCCGCCCGACGAAGCGACGCCCGAUGAGCCCCACGACUCAUUACGGGCUAAUCCGAGCACGGAGGAGAUGGAGCAGAGCACAGAGAUCCUCAGCAAGCCGUUGAGGAUCCUGCGCAGUGCUCGUAAGAGGCGAGGAGAACAGGGUGCCAUGCAGGUUUUUGACAUCAUGUCACAAGUGCAGGAGCAACUUUCUUCUGCCCAUAGUUUGGAGACAUUCCUCAAAAUUCUAGUUGGAAUUGUCAAAGAACUCACUGGGUUUCAUCGCGUCAUGAUCUACCAGUUUGACUCGGCCCAGAAUGGAAAAGUGGUCACUGAGCUGGUGGAUCCAGCCGCGACCAAGGACCUCUACUAUGGGCUCAACUUUCCCGCAUCCGACAUCCCGCGGCAAGCUCGAGACCUAUACAAAAUCAACAAGGUCCGACUCCUAUAUGAUCGAGCUCAGGAAACAGCUCGCAUAGUAUGUCGAACUCAGGAGGAUCUCGAGACGCCCUUGGACAUGAGCCACGCGUAUCUUCGCGCUAUGUCGCCCAUACACCUGAAGUAUCUUGGUAACAUGGGUGUCCGAUCCUCCAUGUCGAUAUCGAUCAAUGCUUUUAAUGAAUUGUGGGGACUGAUUGCAUGCCAUUCAUAUGGCGACAGCGGUAUGCGCGUGUCAUUUCCUAUCCGGAAAAUGUGUCGUCUCGUGGGCGAUACGGCGUCUCGCAACAUUGAGCGGUUGUCGUACGCUUCAAGACUCCAGGCACGGAAGCUCAUCAACACAGCUCCUACCGACAAAAAUCCAUCAGGCUACAUUAUAGCGUCGUCCGACGACCUUCUGCGACUCUUUGACGCCGACUUUGGCUUGCUAUCCAUUAGGGGGGAGACGAAGAUUAUGGGCGAAAUUGAGCAAAGCCAAGAAGCACUGGCCUUGUUGGAAUAUCUCCGCAUGCGUCAGCUUACUUCCGUGCUUGCCUCCCAGGAUAUCCGGCAAGACUUCCCCGACCUGCGGUACCCCCCAGGAUUUCAGGUUGUUGCAGGCCUUCUUUACGUGCCAUUGAGUGUUGGUGGCCAUGACUUCAUUGUGUUUUUCCGGAGAGGCCAGAUCAAGGAGGUCAAAUGGGCUGGAAACCCGUACGAGAAGGUCAUCCGCGGCGGCACGGCGGGCUACCUGGAGCCUCGAUCGAGUUUUAAGACAUGGUCGGAGACGGUCGUGGGCAAAUGCCGAGAGUGGAAUGAAGAACAGGUGGAGACAGCAGCCGUGCUCUGCUUGGUCUACGGCAAGUUUAUCGAGGUCUGGCGUCAGAAGGAGGCUGCCUUACAAAACAGUAAGCUCACCCGCCUGCUGCUCGCGAAUUCGGCCCACGAGGUGCGCACACCGUUGAACGCGAUCAUCAACUAUCUUGAGAUUGCGCUGGAAGGCUCUCUCGACAGCGAAACGCGGGAUAACUUGGCCAGAUCACACUCUGCGUCUAAGUCCCUGAUCUACGUAAUCAACGAUCUUUUGGAUCUUACCAAGACCGAGGAGGGGCAAAGUCUCGUGAAAGAUGAGGUCUUCGACCUGUCAAACUGCAUCAAGGAAGCGACCGAACCGUUUCAAAGCGACACGCGACGAAAGAACCUCGAGUACGACGUGGUAGAGCAUCCUGGGCUUCCGCGUUUUGUUCACGGAGAUGGACGCCGGGUGCGCCAAGCCCUCUCUAACAUCUGUGCCAAUGCUGUUGCGCACACCAGUGAAGGACACGUCCGGGUUGAUGUGUUUGUUUCCGAGAUGCGUGACGACAAGGUCGCUGUUGUCGACUUUGCCGUCUCCGACUCUGGCGAGGGCAUGUCCACCACACAAUUGGACGCCUUGUUCCGCGAUUUAGAGCAAGUCAGCACAGAGGAGCCAGACUCUCAGGUCUUGACUGAAGGCAGCAAAGCAAGUCAGGGCCGUACAUUGGGUCUCGGCCUUGCCGUCGUUGCACGCAUGGUGCGCAACAUGGACGGACAGCUCCGGCUCAAGUCAGAUGAGGGCCAGGGCUCGCGCUUCGUCGUACAACUACCCUUUCAGCUUCCCGACGAAACACCCGCGGUGGGUAGCGAGGGCGUUCAGGAGGACGACGGUACAAACACAAAUGAACCAUCGCUCAAACCAACUCUGGCGUCAACCGCGCCUGCAUCGGUCACUGCGGCUCCAGAAGGCGAGAUCACACUGGUGGACAAUGCUAGUUCCAUGCACAUCGGCGCCGAUUCCGCUCGGGACAUCAGUUCCAUGAGCAAGAGGAAGAGUGCCAGUCUUAAUAGCCAACAUAGCUUUGAGAGUGGGCACACCCAGGGUAGCAACAAGAGCGAUGCCGACCGUUUGAUCGAUGCCCUCCAAACACCACUAUCCCUCGAGGACCGAGAGCCCACGUAUCCCGUGUCGCGCACCAAGUCCCGUGGUAGUUCCAGGGAAUCUCGAUCAAGAAAUUCGCUCAACGCCGCGAUGGCAGGCGGGUCCGGAAGUCCACAGGCACAGAAACGGAGGCUAUCUUCGCCGACACAACCCCGCUCCGAGCCAGGCACAGCACAAGUGCGCGACAGCAAGAUGCCGGUCCGCCCCGUGAAGAUUCCUGACGACUACCAAGAUGUGCCACCUCGUCCACAGGCGGGAGACAACUCUGGUGUCCUGUUCGAGAUCCCCAGCGAACAAACGGCGCCUUCCAAUACCAACACCGAGAGCGUCACCAGUGUUACAACUGUCGAUGGACAGCAAGAAUUGCGAGUACUCAUCGCCGAAGACGAUCCGAUCAAUAUGAAGAUUAUGCGCAAGCGCUUGGAGAGAACAGGUCACGACGUCUUCCAUGCAGUCAAUGGGCAAGAUUGCGCUGCAGUAUACAAGGAGCGCUCCAGCGAUUUCGAUGCUGUGUUGAUGGACAUGCAGAUGCCUAUCGUGGAUGGGCUGACGAGCACCCAGAUGAUCCGCGCUUGUGAGAAGUCGCCCGAACACCCCGGCCAUUCUCAGCUUGCAUCAUACAAUGGGCGUAUACCUAUCUUUGCAGUGUCUGCGUCUUUGAUCGAGGCCGACAAGCAGACGUAUAUCAAUGCCGGGUUCGAUGGCUGGAUCUUGAAGCCUAUCGAUUUCAAGCGACUCAACACGCUGCUGACAGGGAUAUGCAACGACGAGGUUCGCAAGUCGUGUCUGUACGAGCCCGGCGAGUGGGAGCGUGGUGGAUGGUUUUGCGAACGAGGCGUGGAUGCUUCGUCGGCGGAAGAGACCACACCAACCGGCAAGACGGAGAACAAGGAUGGUCUCGCCAUUGCAGGGCAUGAGCAGGCUGAGGCAGAGGCUGAGGCAGAGGCUGAGGCAGAGGCUGAGGCCACGGACAAGCCGGCUGUUGAAGAGGCAUCGAAUGGCGCUGGUGAAGGUCCCGAGACGACGACUUGA